UCGCCGAAUCAUCGCUGUCACGCUUCCUCCCCCGCCAGGCGGAGCGGCGCUCGUUCAUUGCUCGAUGGCUCUGCCACCUCCAGAUCCACAGUUUGUUCUCAGGGGUACCAGUGCUGCAGUCCACACACUGCAUUUUUCCUGUGGCGGCCAAGAACCUGAUGUCCCCAUUCUUUUCUCUGGAUCUGAGAAUGGGUUUAUCCAUGUCUGGAACCUGAAAACACACAGAGUGGACACAGCACUGGAUGGCCAUGGAGGAAAAUCUGUUUACUGCGUGGACACAAUGGGCGGUAAAGACAGGCUUCUCAGUCAGGGUCGUGACCAGAGAAUCUGCUUGUGGGAUUUAGCAGAGGGACGGACUUCAGUGACGGAUUCUGUCUUCACGGAGAAUGUGGGAUUCUGCAGAUGCUCUCUGUUAAAGGUGGCACAGGAACGCUGGCUAACGGCCGUGGCAGCCAAAGCCCUGGAGGAGGUUCAGGUUUUGGAGCUGCCAUCCAAGACGUCAGUCUGUACCUUGAAGCCAGAGCUGGGUGCCAAGCUGGGCAUGCCCAUGUGUCUGAAGUUACUGCAGCUCAACUAUGGUUCACAACCUUUGCUUCUGGCUGGCUAUGAAGAUGGAUCAGUGGUCCUUUGGAAUUUGUCAAUGGGAAAAGCAUUGAGCCAACUUGUUUGCCACCAGGAGCCAGUGAUGAGCCUUGACUUUGACUCGGAGAAGGCCAAGGGGAUCUCGGGCUCAUCUGAAAAGGUGCUUAGCAUCUGGAGCCUCAAUGAGCAACAGAACCUCCAGGUUUACAAAACACACGAACUUGUCAAUGCUGGCAUAUCUGAUAUCACCAUCCGUCCAGACAAGAAGAUUUUAGCAACAGCAGGGUGGGAUCAUCGCAUCAGGAUCUUUGGCUGGAAAAAACUGAAGCCCUUAGCAGUGCUGGACUACCACACAGCAACUGUCCAUUGUGUGUCCUUCUCAGAUCACAAAAACCCCAGUGAGAGACUGCUGGCAGCUGGCUCAAAAGAUCACCGCAUCAGUAUCUGGUCAAUAUAUACUCAGACGUGACAUGUUCUGUACUGUCAUGGCCUAGGAAGACAGGAUUGGUGAAGCAAUUCUUUACACUGUAAUUCAAACCUGGAUGUGGGGAAGUAGCAGAAUGUAUUUCCAGGCUGAAGUGA